UUGAGUUCUGUCCCUCUGCACACCCAACCCUGUCCCGAAUCGUUUCUGACCCGUUUUGCCCCCAACCGGGUUGCCCGAGUUUGUGAAAUUCCAAUACCCAUUCAUCUGCCAUUCUGGUUGAAUGGGACGCCUGAAUUCAAAAUUUCGUGCGUUGUUGCAAAUCAUGCCUCACAGUCCCACAGUCGUUUCCCGCAUCAGAAAGGGGAUCUCCCCAUUGCCGACGCGUCUUCUCCGCACGAAGGAAGUGGGAGCAGAACAUCAACAACAUCAACAUCAACAUCAACAUCAACAACAUCGAUAUCAACAUCAACAUCAAUAGCAGCAACAGCAGCAACAACAGCAAGAGCAGGAUUACCCAGAUUAUAACAGUGGGUGUUAUCCAGAUUGCCAUGGGAGUUACCAGAGUGCAGAAGUUAUGCAGAUUGGGGUCCAUUGGGUUCGUACCACAGGUGGGGUUUAUCCAGAUUGCAGUCCAGAGUUGAUAACCGUCGGAGUUAUCUAGAUUGGAAGAUAACAAUUGGAAGAUAACAGUGGGAGUUGUCGAGUGGGAGGUAUCACAUUCACAUUGGGUUCGUACCACAGGUGGAGUUUAUCCAGAUUGCAGUCCAGAGUCGAUAAAACAGUGGGGGAGUUAUGUAGAUGGGAAGAUAACAGUGGGAGGUAUCGAGUGGGAGGUAUCACAUUCACAUUGGGUUCGAACCGCACGUGGAGUUUAUCAAGAUUGCGGUGGGACUUCUAUCCAGAUUUGGUAGAGACGGUUGUCCGACUUACACACCUGAGAACGUAUCCAGAGUUGAUAAUAGUGGGGUGGGGGGGGGGUAUCUGGAUUGGAAGAUAACAGUUGUGAGGAGGGGAGGGAGGGGGUGGGGGGUUGUAGAGUGGGAGGUGUAUCACAUUCAUUCACAUUGGGUUCGUACCACAGGUGAAGUUGGUCCAGAUCAGAUUGUAGAAAUUGUUAACCAGAGCUGAUAUGAUGGGUUUCUCUGCAAGAUCGGGCGAUGUUUGUCCUCUCGACAUCAACCCGAUCUUUCAGAGGAUUACAUUUGAUAUUGAAGAUUGGCAGAGACGAUACCAUCGUGGUCGAAUCGACGCCAUCGGAUGGAAUCUAAUCGCCUUUGAUGGCCAUUGUAGGCUCUUUGCCUGGGACAAUACACAAAGGAUGCUUCAUUUUGUUGAGGUGCAUCGCUCCGACGAGCCGGGCAACGGUGAAUCAGAUGACGGCAGAGGACCGAGCUCGGCAGGAGGAAUUUUAGGCAAAGUCCAGCUGCUCACCCCUGCAGGUGAUGAAGAUCCCUUCCAGACCGUUGAUUUGCCUAUUGCAGUUGAUUUCACAGUUCGACAGAUGGCCAUAAACAGGAGUGGGAAGGCAUUGGCUCUGGUUGGCGACAAGAUGAUUGCGGUUUUAGAGCUACAGCAUCGUCACUCUGGUCGAGCUAGUGGGCAAAGUGCUCCCAUUAAGUGCAGCAAAGGAAUGAUUGUCGGGACCCGACUUUUCCCAGGAGGAAAGGAUCACGCUCUUCGAAUACUUCAAUUGGCCUGGCAUCCUUGCAGCGAUACACAUAUCGGAGUGCUUUCCUCGGAUGGAGUUUUCCGGUUGUUUGAUCUCUCAUGUGAUUGUGAGCAGCCAGAGCAGGAGUAUUACCUGCGGCCUGGUCAGCGGAAGGGAGGGUCAAUUGUAGGGGUCAAAGGGUUGAUCAACCCUGUUGCAUUUACAUUUGGAGGCGAUCAUCUCUGGGACCGGUUCAUGGUUCUCUUUUUGUUUGGAAAUGGUUCGAUGUACCUGCUAUGCCCAGUGGUGCCACUUGGAAGUCGAAUUCGGUACAGUGCAAUUGAGGAGCUUGUGAAUGAUACGCGUGCGAUGAGCGGCGUAGCAGCAGAGGCCGCUAGUUCAUGGUUAAGGGAAGUGUUUCCAGGGUUCGAGUCUGCGACUCAUGAGAGUCCUGCACGAACUACCCGGAUAGGAGCGGUUGUGGCACCGACUUUGCUGAAAGCGCAUCCGUAUGUUUCGCUUGACGCUUCUCUGAGAUUACAGGGUCCUUUGGUUACCCUUCCUGAGGACGAUUCGCAUGAGUUCACGGCUUCCAGCCUCGUGUACACGGUGGUAGGGAUCGACAGCGUCAUCACAGUCGCGGGAAAGGACGGCAAGAUCAGGGUGUAUGGGAUGGCGAAUGAAGUGCAACCUGCAUGGGAUCAAGGCAGGAGUCCGCAUGUGGCCAUGGACGAGAGCCGCGGCAUCACAUCCAUCGCAAUGAUUGUGGAAGCGUCGGGUGGCGAAGUCGGUCCCGAUCCCGGAAAACAUAACGAAGGGCCGAGCGGGGCUGUCAAGCGGCGAGGAGGUGGUGGUGGUUUCAGGAGUUCUGCAGAGACCGAUAGAAGUGACGUUGUUGAUAAUUUAGAGGUCAGCGUUGAAGUUAAUGUCCUUCGCUCGACGACUAAUGCUGGGCUAGUUCGGUUUGCGAUGCUAGACCUGGCCCUUGCGCCAAACUUACUCUCUGUCACACCGAUUGCUCUCGUACCGGACCCAAUGAUCAGCCAGCAAAUUGGCCGUGGAAGUUUCGAGUUGCCGUCUCCAAGAUUAGAACCUCUUCUUGAUACAUGUGGAACAUCUCCAGAGGAUGAAGUUCCCCUUCCACUUCUGGGAGUCGUUUCACUGGCAGAUGCACUCGGUGAGUCGUGGUUGGUAGCAGUGACGGCAGCAGGAGAGGCGGCGGUGAUGCGAAUGAAGCCUCAUGGGCUUGCUAUGUCCACAGGGGGGCCGCCAACAGCACUGCACUUUGCUGGCGAGACAAGUAGCCGAGCGUCAUCCCCUCCUUCCUCGGAUGCUGGCUUGAUUCAGACCACCAGUCGAGAUAUCAUUCUUGGACCCAAGAAUAUCCCAAUACCAAAGUGUGACCGAGUACAAGAGGAGGAGGAUGAAGAGGAGGAGGAGGAGGAGGAGGAGGAGGAGGAGGAGGAGAAGGAGGAGGAGGAGGACACGAAUUGGCAGAAAAAACAGAGGGGAGGAGGACAGGAGUAUCUAUCUGUUCACUUUGAACUCUGCGCACAUGCGGCAAGGCUGGCCAGAACUGUAGAAGAUCAACUGGCAACUGCAAAGAAUAUCAAGGAAAAACUGGAGGCGUUGCAAGACAUGGCCGCUGUCCACAAGGAACGACUUGAAUCCGCAAUGCAGUACAAUGAGCAGCUUGAAGAUCACAUCGAGCUGUUUAGCGGGGAGCAGCAGAAUAUGAAGAAGCCACUUUCCACAGCAGAAAAGGAGUACAUGAGCCAAUUACAUGAGCUGCAAUGGCAGGAGUUGGAGCUUCUGAAGGGUUCGGCAGAGGAGCUGCAUGCCAGAUCACAGCAAUUGUUGAAGCAGGCGAAUGCCUCCCAAGAAUCCCAAAGAGGCACCGGCAACAGUCCCAACGCGAGAUACGGUCCUAGUCUCUCUCCGGUUCCAUCGUCCCAGAUGAGACGGACAAAGAUCGCCCUUGAGAACCUCCUUGGAGUCAUUGCAGAUAUGAAUAAACAGGUUCAGCAGAUUGAAGCCUGUGUGGCGCAAAAGGAGCGGCUGCAGGACUGAGUGUCGAGCCCUUGUAAUUUCAAUUUUGUCGUGUGACUCUUGUCUUGUUUUGUUUUCUUUUCUUUUCUUUUUGGAAAACACUUCUGUCAGUCAGAAAUCGAGAUCACUUUUGCCGACUACAAAAUUGAUUGCAGAGAGUCGUACUUUUUUGUUUUCGUGACGACGGAUCCGUUUUGACGAGUACAAAAUUACAAAUAGCGCAAAUUGAAAUU